AUGGAUAAUGAGGAAAGAAAAGAUAUGAUUGAUGCAAUAUAGAAGGAUAUUACAUCAGUUUGCUUUAAAAGAUGUUUUGAUACUCUUUAAAAAAACAUAGAUAUAGGAUGUUUCGACCUAUGCUACUAAAAAUAUAAGUUUGUUUUAAGAGAUACAACCGAAAUUCUUAAAGAAACUGGAUUUAAAUUAAAUUCAGAUAUAGCAUAUAAAGCAUUUCCAGAGGAAAAUCCAUGGUAUUUGGCUUUAUAUGGAGGGCAUUUUCUAAAUAUUCGUUCGUAUCCAACAACAUAUGACUAUGUCAAUGAUAAAUAGGGUUGA